CCGACAACGCAUCGCUCAACCUUAGUUGCCUAGUGAUAACAAACUAUCCAAAGCUUAUUUCCUGCCUUUUCAAAAAUCUCAUCGCUGCCUCCCAAGCUAACUUAAAGUUUUCCGAACAGUUUUUUUUAUAUUGUUUAUGUUGUGGUUUCUUCCAAACUAUGGGGCAAAGUAACAGUUACACUCUCUCUGGAAGUGUCGUCUAGCGGCGGCUGGAUUUUUGACCAGUGAUGAAUAACUAUAUUUUCAUCAGGGUCGUUGGGAAGGGAAGCUACGGAGAGGUGAACUUGGUCAAACACAAGACAGACCGAAAACAAUAUGUGAUAAAGAAGCUGAAUUUAACCACUUCAUCCAAGCGGGAGCGACGUGCUGCAGAGCAGGAGGCGCAGCUUCUGUCCCAACUGCGACAUCCCAACAUUGUGACGUACAGGGAGUCAUGGGAAGGAGACGACCGUCAGCUGUAUAUUGUGAUGGGUUUCUGUGAAGGCGGGGACCUCUAUCACAGGCUCAAGCAGCAGAAAGGAGAACUGUUGCCAGAGAGGCAGGUUGUAGAGUGGUUUGUCCAGAUAGCCAUGGCACUCCAGUACCUCCAUGAAAGGAACAUUCUUCACCGGGACCUUAAAACGCAGAAUAUCUUCCUGACAAAAACCAACAUAAUCAAAGUUGGAGACCUGGGCAUUGCACGUGUUUUGGAGAACCAGAAUGAUAUGGCCAGCACUCUUAUUGGGACCCCGUACUACAUGAGUCCGGAGCUCUUUUCUAAUAAACCCUACAACUACAAGUCAGAUGUAUGGGCCCUGGGUUGCUGUGUGUACGAGAUGUCCACACUGAAGCACGCCUUCAAUGCCAAAGACAUGAACUCACUGGUUUAUCGCAUUGUAGAGGGAAAGUUGCCACCAAUGCCAAGCCAAUACCACCCCCAGCUCGGAGAUUUGAUCAAGAGCAUGCUGUGUAAGAGACCUGAAGACAGGCCUGAUGUCAAACAUAUCCUCCGGCAGCCCUACAUUAAGCGACAAAUUGCCAUGUUCCUUGAAGCCACCAAAGAAAAAACCGCCAAGUCGAGAAAAAAAGCUGUGGCUGGAACUGGAGACUAUGGGACCAUCAGUGCAUCAUCUGGUGCAUCAUGUCACUCAAAACCUGUGAGCCCUCCUCCAUGUCCAAAUACUGACACUACAGAAGAUAAAUCCCAGGAGCAUGAAAACGGUGUUGCUGAUUGCUCUCCAGCCCAGCCCUCACAAUCUAAAUCUUCAUCAGCUGAUAUUCUCGGAGCCGGUAUCUCUCCCAUGGCAACCAUCAGCAGCAUUAACAUUGAUCUCCCAUCACAACAAAAUGAUGAUGUGGUGAAAAAACAGGUUCAAAGGCCCCCAUCCGUCAAGCAAAGCAGGGAACCUGUGGCUCGCAUCGUCCACAGAGACAGCAAGGUGAGAGGGAAACCAGAUCCCUCGCCUCCUGCUUCCCCUGUGAAUCCCCCUGUCAGAGCUGCGUCAGGUGUUUGUGGCAGGGGAGGACACCAGAGGACAGCUUCCAGUGGACUGUUGGAUAUCCAGCCAAACCCAUGCGGUGCUGGUCCUGUAUCUGUGGAGAAACCGGACUCAGAUGUGGACAGUAAGGACGACACCAGCGAGUUACUUCGCGAGGCUUCUGUGCAGAGCUCGAAUGCAGAAAACAUCUUAGUGGAUGUGGACAAUAAAAAUGAUGCUGUGACUUUAAUCACGCGUGCGCCAGCAAAUCUACGCACCCCAGAUGUUCUUGACAGCCUCGAAACUACGGAGAAGCUGCUGGAACCUCCAGCAGUGGAGCCUCUUGAAGAAGAAACGUCUUCUGUCUCAACUAAACAAGAUCAAGCUUCCUUUGGUCAAAAUCCCGUGGUCCUCUCAGAGCCUUCAGGUUCAGAGCAACAGAUGCUUUUAGAUCUGACUAAAGGGGAACAUAAACAGUUGAUGUUGGCAGCUCCCAGACCUUUACCUCAACCUCCUAUUGACGCUGCAGCUGUGGAGAGGAAAAACAGGACCAAGAAGACUACAGAGAGCAAGAAGGUUGACUUGACUGCAGCCCCCACAUCAGUUAGCUUGUCUAAGGAUGGAGUGUUUCCUCUACAAGAUCGUCCUCUGACUGCCAGAGAGAGAAGACGCCUGAGGCAGUCCCAAGAGAGCGCAAGACAAGCAGGUCCUAGUGCUGUGCGAAGGGCAUCGUAUGAUGUUGCCAAAGCUGAGCGACAUAAUGUCCCCGUUACUCGAUCUACUUCAUACUCCACCCCAGAGUCCAACAGUAAGCACGAUAAACUGAUGGCGCAAAGGUCAGAUGAAGAUGAGUGCAGCUCUUCUACAAGUUCCACGGAGCGCUCAGAGGGAGACUGUAGGGAAAGCAGAAAAACAGAAUCCAGCGACAUGCAUGAUUUGGUCCAUAUGAUGACUCAGACUUUGAGAAUGGAUGCUGGACAUGAGGUGGGAAACGGCAGAUUUGACUCCACCACGCUGCCUGAAUUCAAGCUGAACCGGAGGUACAGGGACACCCUGGUGCUUCAUGGGAAAGCCAGAGAAGAGGCAGAGAACCUGUCGCUUCGGGAAAUACCAACAGGCUCUUCGUCCGGUCCAGCCAAAGUCAGAAGAGCAAUAGAGCGUCUGAGAACAGAUGUGGUGAAAGGCCUGGGUGUUAAGCUUUUGGAUAAAGUGCUUGAAAUCAUGCAGGAGGAAGAUGAGGUCAAAAGAGAAAUGUGCCUUCGUCACCAGAUGGGAGAUGAGAAGUACCAAGCUUAUGCUGUCAUGGUGAGACAGCUGAAGUUUUUUGAGGACAUUGCCGUCAAGUUAUGAACAGCACUGUAACUACGGGAGCACACACACACACAAUCUGGAAAAGCAUAGUUGGGUCAAUCAAAUGAAGCAUUCUUCCAUUUACUGAGGUACGAAGGUCUUUACCACAAAUGUUUUUCAAACUGAAAUUUGUACCAAGGUAAAAAGUUUCCUGUGAAAAGAGAAUCUUAGUACAGACAUGUAUAGACAUAUGGUCAAUUAUGUAAAUGACUGCAUUUUAUUUCUGCAUCUUACUGUUUAUCAACACUGAAUCUAAAAAUGAGCCUUUAAAGCCCAGGUUGCCUAUGCAAAUAGUUUAGUCAUUUUAAAUCUUCAAUUUCUUUUUCCUGCAUUUACUGUUAGUGACUUUCAUGUCUCACCCAACACACACUGUCUUUGUCACUUGUGCUGUACAAAUAACUUAAGAUGUAACUAAUGUUGACUAAUUCUCUUUUUAAACAAAAUAAUGUAAAAUAGAUUUGUUGUAGAUAUUAAACAUGAGUGAUUUCUAAUAAAACUAAAACUGAAUGCC